GGAUGAAGCCGCAUCGCUGGUGUUGUUUUCUCCGCCACAUAUUCACAUGAACUGUCGACCGAGCCGUAACAACGUGAGCUACGUUGAGCCGAACCCACCCGGAACGGAACUACCACAACACGAGCGGCUCUGUGAGUUAUUCCCUCGAGGGGAAGAAGAAGAAGAAGAGGAAGAAGUAGUAGAAGAAGAAGAAGAAACAACAUCAGCUGUCUUACGAUCGCUCGCGGAGAAAGCGCGCGCGGAUGUUCGCGCGGGUACUCCGGGAGAAAAGGCGCGCGCUUAAUGAUAAGUAUUCCGACAAGCUAAUUAACCAGUAAUUACAUAAGUGGCAGUUAAACAGUCGGCGUGGCUCGCGUGUCUGCGAGGAGUCUAAAAUUAGAGCCGCGCGGUGCCAUCGGAGGACAUGCGAGUAUUUAUUCGCUAGGACUUUUUUUUCUUCGUCUUUCAUCAACGCACCUCUGGAUUUCUGUCGCUAUCACAAAGCAAGUGUGGAGCCGAGGACGAGCUCCAGACCCUUCGAGAAAGACCUGAACCGGAGAGAGAGAUGACCUUAGUUUUGUCCAUGAAUCCUUUCCUGGACCCCGAAGGAGACUCUCCGCUCGCCACCUACCAGCCCCUGUGGGAGUCGGAGCGCUGCACUAAGACCUGCCUGUCGACCGCGGCGCUGCCGUGCGGCUCUGCGGAGCGGUUGACGCAAGAAACACCCUGCAGGCGAGUUCCUGAUCAUGUUUCCAUAUCGAGGAUUGCAUACUUCAAGAGGAAGUUUGUUGAUGAUGACGAUGAGCCUCGAUUCAGCUUCAGGACGUACUGCCAGACUGUAACGGCUCUAACGGGGCGUGUCCUGCAGGUGGCUCCGGUCUUGGAGGAGCGCGCCCACGUGCUGCGCCUCUCCCUGGAGAAGAUGCGCUUCAUCGACGACCCCGAGGCCUUCCUCCGCCGCUCCGUCCUCGUGAACAACCUCCUCCGGCGCCUGCGCGCUGAGAUUAUUCUCCAGAGCACCGAGUGGUGCUUCCCGCCCAACCCGGCGUUCACCGCCGGGCCCUGCGUCCCGGCGCCCGGCGCUAACCCCGCCAACCCGGCCCUGCACCGAGCGUUACCCACCCGGAUCUGCCUGGCGCCCCAAGCCGGACCGCCCUUUCGGAAGCGCUUCCGAAUGGUCCGCGGAGGACACGGGGAUCUACGCGCUGACUGCGCUCAGACGUGCUGCUGCAUCUACGCGGCGGCCGCCGCCGCAGGACACUACCUCCACCUCCCGUUCUCCAUGUACGACGCGGCUCUCGCGGCCUGCCCCUCCGCACCGCACUCCUCUUUCCUUCAGCUCGCGAGCCACGGUAAGUUAGGGCUGACCGUGGCCAUUGAAGAGCAGGAAGAUGAGGAGGAAGAUGCUGAGGAGGAGGAGGAGGAGGAAGAUGAGGAGGAAGAGGAAGAGGAUGAAGAGAGAGAAGAAGAUGAGGAGGAGGAAGAGGAGGAGGAAGAAGAGGAUGAUGAUGAUAGAAGAGAAGCUGGGUCUUCCCUUGAUGUUAAGGACAAGUCGAGCCAGAAAAGUAGGACUAGGACUUUGCUGGUUCCCACAAGGACAGAGGAGGACAGCUGCACGCCAGCAGAAAAAGAGGAGGAGGAGGAGAAGGGAGAGCUGGAGGAGGAAGAGGGGCAGGAUGCAAGACCUCGUCAGUGGAACUCCAAUGCCACAGAACGGGCGCUGCCCAAGGUCCGCUUUUGGCGCCGCAGGGCUCACAGACAAUGACGUGCUCCUCGAGAAAUGACUUACACGAGAAGUCUGUGUGAAGACGACGACGACUGUCAUCAGUUGAAGAAUAUUUCUCCUCAUAGCAGACGAAGGCGUGACCCACCUACACCCUCGUAAUGCCAAGUCAGCUUUAUCUGAACGAGACACUCCCAGGGUCGCACACAGACAAACUAUAUCCAAUGUCCUAGUCGAAUGAACAAGGCGGUUCUCGGCCUCUGGAACAUUUUCUAAUACCAUUGUGUGGUGAAGGUCACAUAAGGUCGGAUCAUAAAGCCCCUCAAAAAAAUGAAGUGAAGGGUCUGAAAGACCAUUUUCAAGCCCCACAGCACAAAACUAAAAGGUCUCAAGUGGGGCUUCUUAUUGGUGCACCGGUCUCGUUUUAGGACCCUAAACAAGCGUGUGUAAAACGAGGGGUUUGCGGGUUCGGGAAGUGUGUGUUUCUGUGUGUGUGUGUGUGUGCGCGCGUUUGCAAGAUCUGAUGUAGCAGUUUGAAACCUGAUUUUAAGCAAUUCCUUUUGUGUUCCUGUUGAUUUGGCCGCUGUCGCUGCGGCGAUACGCGACUGUGUGUCCACAUUAUUUUUUUCCCGGAGACAACAAUCGUAAACAUUGGAAAUAUUAAAUCACAAGUUCAAGUGCCUUAGUGUUUUUAUGGAUACGUGUACACGUGUGUGUUAUUGUAAUUGUUCUCGUUGCGACGUAUCUUGAGUCUGAGUCGCGGCGUGUAGACGAGGGAAGGUCAACGCAAAACUACAAAAUGUCUUCUGUUUGUUUUAUUAAAAAAAAUGCAUGUUUUCUAGCACUACCUGUCGUGACAAUGCACACACACACACACACACACACUUAAAGCCAACUUUCAACGGCAGUUGCUCAAAGUCUCGACAACAGAACAGUCUCAUGGCGCUCGCCCCCACCUUGACAGUCAUACGUUCAUCAGAAACGGCUCGUGGUGGUUCGGUGAUGAGGUUCAACCGAAAGCAUCUAAAUCACCUUCAUCACAGUCUUCAGGCUUUCUACCCGUGUUUACUUUACCAACGCGACCGCGGUAUUGUCCUGUCACAAUACGACCCGCCUCAUUUCUGAACAUCUGGAAUGAAAUGACGGCGGUUACUGAACAUUAAACAUAUGUAAGCUACCCAUAACGGUAUAAAUUACGAGUUUGUCGUAGACUCCCGUUCCCUUCCUAUCUAACGAGACUAAGACCAGUCGAGGACACAGACCCAGUUCUACUCUACCGAUGGGAGCCUGUCGGCAUGAGCAGUGGUUUCUUCCUCACGCUUAAAGUAUUUUAAAGCUGUACGGAUUAUACCGGUCAGAGUUUUGUUGUGAGCCGUACCUUGAGCCUCGAGGUACGAGCCAAUCACAGCGGUGCAUCCCUGAGCCCGUUUGAACAACAGUGACACAUCUACGAGACAAGUCGAGCAGCAGCCUAUCUCAUUUGAUUUCUCAAACGCCCUAAAUAACAACAACAAAAACAGUGGGCACUGGUUAUCGGUGGUAUUUUUUUUAAGAUAACAAAAAAAAAAAUGAAAAACCCCCUGGAGGAAGCAGUAUUUGUUUUCUGAGACGAGAACGUGUAACUGCAAUGUCUGUUUAUUAAAAAACAAGUGAAGAGCAGCUCUGCUCCGGUACUUUUGUGUGAUGUUCUGUGACAAGUGUAAAGAUCAGUAAAAGAAAUGUUUCAAAAAACAAACGAAAUCUUGCAUCCGCCUUUUGUUCCUUUUGCAUAGCGACACAGUGACGUGUGUGUGUGUGUGGUUUCCUGCUCGCAGCCCGUCGGUCUGAUCCUCUGGACGGCGCCGCAGCUGAUUGCACUCGCCACACGUCUCUCAGGUGUCACCGCGCCACUCGACUCGGGUUCAUCGGUUUGACUUUGCGCUCGGAGCAGUCACCUCCACACGCGUAUCUAUUGCCCUGCAAUGCUCACUUGUUUUAGCAUCACACACACACACACACACACCAUUAUACCUGUAUCAUACAGCCUCGACAAGCCAUGGACUAUGUAAAAACAAUAGAGAAAAAAGCACUUCCUUCACUCAUGAUGUAUACAAAAGACACUAUUGGUGUAUUGCUGUGUGUGUGUGUGUGUGUGUGUGUGUGUGUCAUGCCCAGGCAUUCCAGGGCUUUACAUUAAAUGUUCCUGAUCCAGUCGUCAUGUUCACCAUAUGCACCCUAAUUACUGGAUUAUUUAUAAUAUUGUGCAGUAUCCUGUAUGACAUACGGUUUGCUUGCGCGUGUGUGUGUGUGUGUGUGUGUGUGUGUCUUCUGGGAUGGAGGAUCAUCUUUCCACGACACUGCUGCCUCACGGGUGUGUGUAUCCUGCCGCCCCCCCCCCCCCUGCCUGCCCCACCUUUCUUCACCGUCACUGGACUAUGUUUUUAAUAGAAAUGCUAAUCUGCAGUGACUCAUUUCAGUGGGUAUGUGGCUUUGCUCUUCGUUUAUUUAGUGUGUGUGUUUUCACACCAGUGGUCCUCCACGUCUGUGUCGGAUGAAUUUCAGUAAUCAUCAACACCACCUGUCAUGUUACAAAUAGAUGCUUAUUAAUAAAAGUGGAUAAUCGUUGCUA